AUGAAGGGAGGAAGGAAGAAUUUGAAGAGAGCAGCAGUAGCAGAGGAACAGAAUUCUACUCUUGAAGAUGGCCAAAGCAUCAUGCAGGUUCUUUCUCUCAGAGGUUCCAAUCUAAUUGAGGUAAUGGAUGCAAGAGGUGAGAAGUCACUAGCAUUGUUUCCAGCUAAGUUUCAGAAGAGCAUGUGGAUAAAAAGAGGAAGUUUUGUAGUGGUUGAUGAAAGCGGCAAGGAAAAGGCUUUGGAGUCAGGCAGCAAAGUGGCAUGUAUUGUUUCUCAAGUUCUCUUUUACGAAAAAGUCCGUGCACUUCAGAGAUCUCCUGAAUGGCCAGAGAUUUUCAAAUCUACAGCUUUGGAUGAUUCUAAUGGAAGUCUGCACAAAAACAAUGGGCAAAUAGAAGAAAAUGAGCUUGACUCUAGUGAUGAUGAUGGUCUCCCACCAUUAGAAGCAAAUAUGAACAGAAUUAAGCCACCAGAAUUGGAACAAUCUGAUACGGAGUCUGAUUCAGGAUCAGAUAUGGAUUCUUAA